UUGGAGCAUCCCCCUUUGCAGCCCAAAAACACGAUCGACGACUCGACGGGCGUUUGAAGCACUGAGGUUUUUCAAGUGUACAUCAGUAGUUCCUCUUUCGAGGCAUUGCAGUGUUCUUUUUAGUAUAUCCUACUAUGCUCGGGCGGUUUUCUCUUCGGGCGUAAUGUCAGUGUAGUCGUCGUCGGUGUCCACUCGAGUCGUUCCAAGUUUUCGCGUUUUUAUGCAUUCAUAUGGAACUGAGCUCCGCUACGCCCCGUGCUGCUACAGCCGUCAUACCUAAUUGCUUUGGAAAGUUUUUUUCGUCGCGAUUUUUGGGGUUUUCGAGGAGUCGCAUCCGAUGCGACGAGUUUAUUGUGUAAAAUUUAAUAUCGUGAGUGCGAACCGGAAUUAGGCCUCUAAUCGCGGUGAAAAGUGAUAGUCGUCGAUGAGGAGCGUCGCCCGACACCGUCGUCGUCGUGUUUUUCUUUUCGUUCCUCUUGUUUUGAGUGUGCAAAAUUACGUGUCCAACCAUCGCAGCCUGUGUCCCUGGACUGGGGCACUCUAAAGUUUGUGAUUCUGAAAGAGUAAUAGUGCUCCGGAAAAGUGUCAUUAAAUAAUCAUGGAGAACAACAUCAGCAACAGCAAAAGUGAGAAAAUUACCACCAGCUCCUCCGCCUCCAUCACCAUCAACAAUAAUAAUGGCCAACAACAACAACCCCAGGGGAAGGGCUCAAAGCUGAAGCGGGCCUUUUCGAUGUCGCGCAAUCCGUUCCAGUCGGUUUCACGCCAAACUGGCAAGAAAUCGGUGGUGGAAAAAUCCGCAACUGGAACGCCAGCAGUAGUGACAACGAUGACGAAUGCAAGCGUCGUGACCUCGGAACAAAAUUCCAUCAACAGUGGCGGAGGGGGUGUAGUAUCAGAGGGGAGAGGCGUAGUAAAUGGCACCGAUGCAGCCAAAGUGCAAGGCAAUAAUUGCCCGGAAACGAAUCGUGGCGGUUCGGCGGAGAGGAAGAUAUUUCGUCGGCUGUCGGUGAAGAAGUUCAUCAAUCGGAUUGCACAACAAAUGACUUAUGUUAGUCUGGCUGGCAACCAGAAAGGCGCCGAUCGCGUUCCACCUGCAGCUCCACCAGCCAAUGGCUUCGUGUGGCCACCGGACACAGUACCGGGCGUAAUCGGCCUGCGGAAUCACGGCAACACCUGCUUCAUGAAUGCCGUCCUCCAGUGCCUCAGUCAUACCGACAUUCUGGCUGAGUAUUUCGUUUUGGAUCAAUACAAGGCGGAUCUGAAACGACGCAACAAAAUCAACGCAAAGAAGUUCGGCACCAAGGGAGAGUUGACCGAACAGUUGGCCCUGGUGCUAAAAUCCCUUUGGACGUGCAAGGACGCCCCCGAGUAUAGUUCUAGUUUCAAGGCCGUAGUCGACCGUUACGGUAGUCAAUUCCGGAGCUCUACGCAACAUGACGCGCAGGAAUUCCUCUUCUGGCUGUUAGACAAGGUGCACGAGGAUCUCAAUACCGCGACCAAGCGGAAGUACAAAGCUAUCAAGAACAACUACGGCCGUUCGGAUGAAGUGAUCGCCGCCGAAACGCUAGCCAACCACAUCCGCUGCAAUAGUUCGUUCGUGCAGGCCGUCUUUCAAGCCCAGUUCCGGUCCUCGCUGACCUGUCCCCGGUGCCAUAAGCAGAGCAAUACCUUCGACCCGUUCCACUGCAUUUCGGUUCAGUUGCCCCAGCUAACGUUGCAGCCGGUGUUCGUGCGGGUGAUCUACGCCUCGCAGCAACCGAAACAGGUCCAGCUGGGAUUGGGAGUGCCCCACGGGUCACCAGUGAUGGUGCUAAGAGAGCAACUGCACGCCGACACCGGUAUUGCCGUCGAUCGGAUGAUACUGGCCGAGGUGUGCGAGGCGGGCUUCAAUCGGGUGUACUGUGAUUCACAUCUGGUAUCGUCCAUCGGGGACGAUGGCUCGGUGUACUGCAUCGAAAGUCCGCCGGUCGCGGAGGGUAUGACCCAAAUUGUGCUGUGCAUUACUAAUGGACGACGGGACGUCGGAAGCGGCGAAAUUCGGCGGUUUGGAACACCGUUUUGUAUAGUUGUCAAUAGAGACGUGUCGUAUGUAGAACUGCAGAAGCUGCUGUUAAAGGAGAUGGCGAGUAUUCUCAAAUCGGAAGUAUUUGCAUUCAGUACACCCAUGCAGGAGAUGUUUAAGAUGCGAUUACAGGAUCCGUCAUGUGAUGCGGAUACUUAUUUGGAGUCCCAUGUAGAGCAUCCGUUAUUUACCGAGAUGAUCGAUUUGGCCUUGUCGGUGUUACCAACAGAUGCUGGUCCGGCACACGUAAAGCUAUUAAUUGAAUGGACUAAUCCUGAACGAUUCUUUAGCGAUAUGACAGAUCCUUUCGUGGAACACGAAAGUGUUAGUCAGAUGAAGGAGAAGAUUCCAGGAAGUUCGGCACUCACUUUGGAACAGUGUUUAGAGCAUUAUACCAAAGCAGAAACGCUCAGUGCCGAAGAUGCUUGGAGGUGCCCUCACUGUCAGAAAUAUCUCCCGGUUGUGAAAACUUUAGGGCUGUGGUCGCUUCCGGAUAUUAUGGUUAUUCAUUUCAAAAGAUUCCGACAGCAACAGUCACGCGGACCGCAGGCGGCCAAGCUGACCACGUUGGUAAAGUUUCCACUGACCGGUUUUGAUAUGUCACCCCAUUUGGCUAGGGAUCCCAAUGCAGAACCAUCCUCCGCCACUAACGGAAAUGAUGACAACUGGAGUCCUUGGCGGAAAACUACUAACCGUUACAUGAAACAUUCCUCAAACCACUACAAUCAACAUCAUCAGCAAAUGGAUAAUCAAUAUGAUCUUUAUGCGGUCUGCUACCAUCAGGGCGACACUUUGGAAACUGGUCACUACACGGCUGCAUGUAAAAAUCCCUAUGAUCAUCAGUGGUACAAGUUUGAUGAUCAACGUGUGGCGCAAGUUUCCAAUGAACGCAUCCAGGAAGAGAUUGUCAACAAUGAGGCUUAUAUACUUUUCUACCAAAGACGUAAAAUUGAUGGUUCGGAAUGUUCUGGGACCAGCUCCAGCUCUGGCAAUGAUCAUUGGGUUUCAAAGAUCACUGCAGCCCCGUUAGGCAUCACAAACGAAUCCAAACCUAAGGUAGACAUUACAAAAUCAGCUCCUCCUCCUGCUACUGUCACGACGACUGUACCAUCUAUUAUUGCUGUUCCGGAAGUCCCGGUGAUUCCGAAGAAAGCCGAAAUUGAAGAAACUACCAUACAUUCCGAGAGUGAUAGUGAAGUAAGCGACAACAAGCUGUCUAAAGAAGCUAGCGUUGAAUUUGAAAAAGUCCAAACAACCGUAGUUCAAGCAGAAGUGGAAACACAGAAUUUAAGCAAUGACGAAACAAUUGUUUUACCGGAAAAAUCCCCCUCAAUCACAGAGGAUCUUGUGAAAUCGCUCGACGAGGAAGACAUAUUCGAAGAAGAUUCCUCAAAAGAUGGUUCCAUUAAAACUCUAACCGAUGAGCCUUCGUCGCCCGAAUUGAGGAAAUCCACGGAACCGACGACCUCGGAACAGUCGGACGAAACGAGCGAUAGCACAACGACCAAGUCGCCCGAUUCGAGCAGUCGAUUCUCGUUGCCGACGUCGCGCUCGCAUUUUCCGGAGUUUCUCUGGAGCCAUCACCACCACCACCAUCGGCCGUCGUCGUUCACCGCGUAUAAAUCCGGCUAUGAACCGGAUGCUGUAUCGAUGAUACGGGGGGCAAACACGUGCAGCAAGGACACGUUGCUGUUUAUCGAUCAACAGUCGCAUGCGACCGGACUGGAUCGGGUCAUGAUGGACGACGAGGACGACUCGGAUGACAUGAUGAGUAGCAGCCGAGCAUUGUGGAUAUCUCCGGUAACGCCGCAUAAGCUGAUAACGGUCUCACCGAAGAACUAACGAAGUUUUUGAAAGUACAUCCCGAGUCGUAGUAACGCGAAUGAGAUUUCAAAAAUCUACCACCAACCUCCCAUCCACCAAAUAUAGCGAUCAAGGCGGUGCAGUCCUAGUAUCAAAGACAUAAAAAACGUACAGAUAAUAGGAGCCUUUGUAUUCGCAGCGUGUGAACGUACCUUACCUACGCUCAUCGCGAGUAACGCAGCUCUAUUUAUAUAUGAUCAUGUUGAAAGUUUUAAAUCGUUUUUAUGUUAUAAUUUUUGUUUGCCUGUAAUAGUUGGGAAAAAAGUCACUCAUUUAUUAUUAUUUAUUGAACAGCGGUGGGAACGAGGGUCCGUAGAAUGUAACGUCUAUUGUUUAUUAGGUAGUGCGGGGGCGUUCUUACGCAGGACGCAACCGUGUUCGGGUGAGUAUUUAUUUGCGCUAGGAACUAGUAGACUAAGAUAGAAAAACGAAAAGGAACUUUACUGUAUAGAACCCAUUCCUCUUUAACCAAACAAGAUUUUCAACCCUAAUAUACAAUCCUAUUUCGAGUUAGACACAUUCUUCAAGACUUUCAAAAUUAAGGAGAGGAAACCACGUUUGACUAAACCAAAACUAUUCGGUCACCUCUUCAUAGUUCAGACCAUAAGACAGAAGAUGAGCAAUUAUCUAGAGAAUGUAAAUUUACAAUUUGAGCAUAGAUAUAUUUAUAUUUUUUUUUUUCGAGAAACAUUUCACACUUGCAUCAUUACCAUUCGGGGUCCCAGCAGAGAUAAGGCAAAUGUUUCGGCAAGGUCACAGACCAGCCUUCCCCGCCCAAAAUCUGUAGGCUAGCAUGGCAAUCGAGUUUUAGGCAGAGUUCAGUACUAUCGAAUGAUAAAAAAAAAUAGUGACAGAGAUCAACAAAAUUCAAGAGAGAUUUUCGCAUAGAUAUUCGAGCCCGUUGAAUCGGCAUAAAUAGUGCUGCUGAUAUACGGAAACCGGAACAACAUUAAGCAUACAGAAACAAGUACAAUUUAAUGUUAGUUAUUUGAUUGUAAAAAGAGGAGUAAAAUUAUAAAUUAUUAGAAUAGA